AUGGUAUCUCAGCAACCGGGCAAUGUCGCCCGAGCGUAUAAAGAAGGCGAGCCGCUGGCGAAACGGCGACGUGUUUCUUUGGCGUGCAGUGCGUGCCGCGCCCGGAAGUCAAGAUGCGAUGGGCGGCGCCCGUCAUGUUCAUCAUGCACAUCUCUCGCAAUAGAGUGUCAUUACGAGCCAUCCGAUGCCUCAACAAAUCUCCUGGUGCGCAAAGACUACGUUUCAGACCUUGAACAGCGGCUUAAGGACGUCGAGUGCGUUUUGCAACGACAUGACGACUUGCUGACGGGCCACCUCGCUUCAUGCGCAGCAAAUAAAGAGGAAGCAUCUUCUGUACGAAUCGGGAGCGUCAGCACUGUUGGACAGGUACAAGAUGGGAUUCAUCUCAAUGCGCUCAACAUGGAGGACCCAGGUUCAGACGAUACAAAGACAGAUGGGCUUGCGAUUGAAUUCGUGGAUGAACCAACCCCGGCAUUUUACGGCGAUUCUUCUAGCAUUGUAUUCACGCGUUGCCUUCUAGAGGCAAUGUCCGUGGUUUCGAAGACCAGGCACAACGGAAUGAAGGCGCCAUGCACAGAAAAUAACUCUUCCGAGUGCAAUGCCGCUCCAGACUCUCGGCAGCAAUCACCGCCAAUUAUGGAAUCUCCCAAGAAUAUGCCUAUCUCACCCACAACCCUACCCCCUGAAGGAGAGAUGGAUGCGUUGCUCAGCACCUACUUCAACGCAUAUGGUUGUCUCUUCCCAUUUCUCCAUGAACCGACAUUUAGGGAAACCUAUAAUGAGUGCAAGACCAGCGGUUUUGUUAAAGCCGGGAGAGGCUGGCUCGGCGUGCUUAACAUGACCUUCGCAAUGGCUACCCACAUUGAUCAAACUGCAGAAGCUUCGGCAAAGCACCGCUGCAGAAGGUCGUACGUGUUUUUCCAACGGGCGGUAUCACUUUGCCGCGACUUGUCAAUGCGAACAGUCAGCCUUUCCAUUGUGCAAUACCUCUUGCUGGCCGCACUCUAUCUUCAGGGUACACAAAGGCCAAUCCAAACUUGGACAGUGCAUGGUAUGCUUGUACGAACAGCAAUGGCUUUGGGCUUACAUUCCGAGCAAUCAACACAAGGCCUUCACCCGGUACAGCAGGAGAUCCGCCGGCGUACCUGGCUUACGAUAUACUGUUUGGAUAAAAUCCAAAGCGUCACAUGUGGACGUCCGCCGGCAAUACCAGAUGAGUACAUCGUGGUGAAGAUGCCAUCAGCAUGGCCCACGAUGCAAACAACAAAACGUCAGUCGAAUGACGCAGACACUCACACGGCAUUUCUGGAUGCUACAGUGCGUCUGCUCCAGAUCGUGGGUCGAUCCGUCGCCACACAAUACGGCCAGAAUCUUGGAGUUCGUGGUCACGAUAUGGACGACAGUACCGCCAUUCAGGCGGCAAGUGCGAUGCGACAGGAGCUUCGGCGAUGGCGUUCCAGUUUACCAUCAUAUCUGGCUCUUUGUGAGCCAGAAUCUAGUGGUCUCUCUAGAAGUGAGAGCUCAGAUUCAGACCGGCUGAGAGUUAUUCUUACGCUCCGGUAUCAUUUUGUCAAUAUUCUAAUCCAUCGACCACUACUGUGUACCACGCUCCGUUACUUGACCAUGAAACGGCCCGCAGCGGGGGGUCCUUUACCGUAUAGGAUUCAGCUUGCGAUGGCCGAGGCCCACGAGUGCAUACGGUCUGCCGAGAAUACAAUUGAGAUAGUGCAUGCAGUUCUCAGCUCGCCCAAUCCAUCCUACAACAAAUUGGAUGUCUGGUUCUUCACAUUGUUCCAUGUAUUCAAUUCAGCUUUGGUGGUCCUUGGCAGCUCCGUGUUGGAUCAGCAUGGAGUCUAUAUCAACGACGACGCUACUCAGAACUCCGUUCAGGGCCCUCUGAAUCAAGCUGUAGAAGCUCUAGACAAGUUAGACAGGGACAACCGUAUGGUGUACAAUUGUGCAAAGUUCAUCAGACGUGUUUCCCAACAACUGAGUGGCCAAGCUGUCGAACAAUAUAAUUCCGGAAACGGUCACCGGGCUCAGUCUCAAACUGAAGAUUUAGCUUACGAGCAGAUCCUGCCUUCCUUUGGACUUCCAUCUCUCACCGACAUAGACAUGGUUCAGUUCCCCAGGGCCGAGCUAUUGGACCAUUCCUUUGGGGAAUAUAGCUUGAGUCUUGACCAGUUAAACUAUAACUACUGA